AUGCUGUCUAAACUAGUAACUCGACAAGUUUUCAAUCAUGGACUUCGUUUAACUAAACGUGCUGCAUCGACGGCUGCACAACAAAAAUUAGUCGGUGAUCGAAAUCCUCAAGUGAACUAUCGUAAACUUUUUAUUAAUAAUGAAUUUGUUGAUGCAAUAGCUGGAAAUGUAUUUGAAGUUCUUAAUCCAGCUACGGGUGAUGUUAUUGCUGAAGUUGCUGAUGCUUCAGAAAAAGAUGUUGAUAAAGCUGUAAAAGCUUGUAAAGAUGCUUUUCGACUUGGUUCUGAAUGGCGUCGUAUGGAUCCUGCAGCUCGUGGUGAUCUUCUAUAUAAACUUGCUGAUCUUUUUGAACGUGAUCGUGCUUAUCUUGCUGCUUUAGAAACAGUUAAUAAUGGUAAACCAUUUAAAGAUUCAUAUAAUAUUGAUAUUCCUCAUUGUAUUGCCGUUCUUCGAUAUUAUGCUGGAUGGCCAGAUAAAAUGAAUGGAAAAGUUUUACCUAUUAGUGGUGACUUUUUUGCAUAUACACGACGUGAACCAGUCGGUAUUGUUGGUCAAAUUAUACCAUGGAAUUUUCCAUUGAUUUUACUUUGUUGGAAAAUUGGUCCGUCUGUCGCUACUGGUUGUACGACAGUUGUUAAACUUGAUGAACAUACACCUUUAACAGGACUUUAUGUUGGUAAAUUGAUUCAAGAAGCCGGUUUUCCACCAGGUGUUAUCAAUAUUCUUUCAGGUGAUGGACCACAUUGUGGAGCAUCUAUUGUAAAACAUCCUGAUGUUAAUAAAAUUGCUUUUACUGGUUCAACACAAGUCGGUAAAAUAAUUGGAGGUGAAGCAGCUAAAAUGGUUAAACGUACAACACUUGAACUUGGUGGAAAAUCACCAAAUAUUGUUUUUGCUGAUUGUAACCUUGAUACAGCAGUUGAAAUGUCACAUUUUGCUUUAUUUUUUAAUCAAGGUCAAUGUUGUUGUGCUGGAUCACGUACAUAUGUUGAAGAGAAAAUUUAUGAUGAGUUUGUUCAACGAAGUGUUGAACGUGCUAAACGACGAAAAGUUGGUGAUCCAUUUGAUGAGAAUACUGAACAAGGGCCUCAAAUUAGUCAUGAACAAAUGGAUAAAAUUUUAGAUUUAAUUGAAUCAGGAAGAAGAGCUGGUGCAAAAUUACUUGUAGGUGGUCAACGUGAAGGUGAUAAAGGUUUUUUUGUUCAACCAACAGUUUUUAGUGAUGUUCGUGAUAAUCAUCGAAUAGCUCGUGAAGAAAUUUUUGGACCUGUAAUGCAAAUUCUUAAAUUUAAAACAAUUGAUGAAGUUAUUGAACGUGCUAAUGAUACAGAAUAUGGUUUAGCUGCAAGUGUAUUUACAAAUGAUUUAGAUAAAGGUAUAGUUGUUAGUAAUGGAUUACGAGCUGGUUCUGUUUGGGUUAAUACUUAUGAUAAUUUUGACCCAGUUGCACCAUUUGGAGGUUUUAAACAAAGUGGCCUUGGUAGAGAAAAAAGUGAAUAUUCAUUAGAUUCUUAUACGGAAGCAAAAUGUGUUACAAUGAAGAUUUCUCAACGAAAUUCAUAA